GGUUAACAUGAACAUUCGAUUCAUGUGGAUUCAACGGAAUGAGAUUAUUUAAAAUGAAAACAUAUUCUUGGCUAACAAUUUCGUGGUUGUGUUAUCUUUCUGUGAACACUACUCGUGACCUAGCUUUUGUUUUAUUAACUCAGUUACAUAAAUUACACUAUUAUUUUGGCGUCUAGUUAUUUCGAAAACUGCUUUCAACAUGCCUUUGAAGUCAAAAUUAACUUCACGAAGUCCAACUUCAAUACAUACACCACAAAAAACCUUAAAAUUCGUAAUUCCACCACACACAGAGGAAAAACACUCAUUAAAUCCUUCUACAUUGAACUGCCCUCAGCCAGCUAAAGAUUCUAUUACUUCUAAAGCAAAUACAGUUAACUUCACCUCCCAGCAAACACAAGAUAAUGGUGAUCAGUAUGGUCUUUUGGAAAAAGGGAAAGAUUGUGACGAAAAUCCAUCCAACCUAGUCAGUACAGAUGAUGAAGUCUCAAGUUUAAUUUUAGAUGUCAAUAACACAACGCUACAGCCAACACCUUGUGAAUUAACUAAUUACGACUCUUCUGGUUCACAGAGUAUAAAAGCUGAAGAUAUUUAUGGUUUCAUUUUUGCAGAAGAAAAAGAAGCUAGUCAUAAAGAUGAGACGAUACCACAGCAACAGAUUACUUCUGCUGCAAAACAUACAAGAAGUAUUCUUAAAUCAAGACCACUCUCUCCGAAGACUUAUUUUGAUGGUACAUAUGAAUCCUUUCAAGACAAAAUGUAUUAUACGUUACAUGGAGCACGUGACAGUGUUGACCUCACUACAGUUCGCUUUCAAAUCGGUUGUGUUUCACCCUAUUUUGGCGAUGAUAGUAGUUCAAAUGAGCAUGUCAUGAAUACAUGUUACGUAUCUCCUGAAGCUAGAAAUAUCGAAUCACCUCGCAUAGCGCGAAAAACCGUACGAUUCGCAGACGAAGAAAGUGAUUUUAUGCAAACCUACCCAACAUCUAUGAAUCCUCUAUUUUCAAAUGUUUUUCCUCUAAGAAAUGACCCGGAUAUCGAUGAGGUGGCGUCAAUUUUUGGAAGUGAUACACCAUCUUCUCUGGAAGAAAACUUUACAAAAAUGCCAGAAAUAAACAAGUUUUGUAAUCACAGUCCAACAACUUCAGCCGGUUCAAACUUCAUAUCAAUUAGUAUCGGAAUGAUGCCUAAUCAACUGCCGAAACCGGUCGAUAACAAUUUAGCAAACAUAUAUGUCACAGAAAAGCCAAAUUGUGUAAAAAUUGAUGGAGCAACCAAUUGGAGAAUAAUGCCGAAAAAUGAAUAUACUUUGGAAAAUUCAAAUGAAAAAAUGAGCGAUUAUUCAACUCUUGACUACGAUUUAUUAAAAUUAAAUAAUAAAAUGAACGUUACCUCAAAUGAUAAAACACAUCCUACAACACGAAUAAAUUCCAGUAGAAUAAAUAAAGUACAAGGUUAUGCUGAUGUGUUAAUUGGUCGACCUAAACUGCACGAUGACUUUUUAAUCCCUCGACAACAGUUACUGACAAAUGACUUUUCGUUAAAUCGUUUAUUUACUCAUCCAUUUAAUGAAUGUCAACAUGCGAACUCAACCGCGUUAAGCCCUCAGAAUGCAUAUCGAUUUAACUCACGGUCAAAUAACCAUAACGUACUCCUGCCUAGUCCUCAGAAUCAUUCACUGUCUAAUAAAACUGACACAUUGGAAACUAACCAAACACAAUAUCUUAUCAGCAGUCUAUAUGGUACAAGUGCACCAAACAAUGAACAGACAUAUGAUUCAGUAAGGCAGUCAGGUUUAGAGAACAAAAAUAAUAUUUUAUUACCUGAGUACCCGACUAAUAGUAACAAUAUCAACAAAAGUUCUCGAAUUCAAUAUCAGACUACGUAUGCUUCGGAUUAUGAGGGGAUAGAUUUAUCUCUCAUGAGAAACGAAACACCAACAACUCCUUCAUCACCGUCACCACCUUCAACAAUAACAACAGUUGUAGAAACCGGUCGUCAUCGAGAUUAUGUAUCAGACACUGAAAACUGUACUACACUUCUUUCACAAUCAACAACGCCAGGCAUCACGAAAGAUUCUCUACGGAAUAAAAAGGACAAUAAGCGAAAAACUGAAAGCUCCAAAUUAAUUAUCAGCAUCCAACAGAAACAGCCUUUACGAUCCUCUGCAUCACUAAAUACUACAUCUGCCCAACUUCUUCAACGUCGACCACGUGUUUGUGAAUCUUCUGUAGUAAAUUUGAAUUCUUCCGAUCCAAGGAUGAUUACUUCUGCUUAUGAAUUUGAAUCUACGCAAUCUGAAGUAAAUAAACAGGAAGGUUUACUGAAAUUUGAAAAAAACUUAAAUACUUCUAAUCCUAACACAAAUCAAAAUGUUAACGACGAUCCGAAAGCCUGUUGGUUUCGUCUACAUUAUGGAUAUUCAGAAAAUAAGUGUAAUACCAAUAAAAGCCCAGUACAAAAUCAGUUCAGCAUUAAUAUUAGAAAUCAACCAACUGUUUUCAAACAGCCAGAUAAAUUUGUAAAUGAUUCUGACAAUUGUGAUUAUGAUAAUGUUGCAAAUUUAUUACCAAAGUGUGUUACACCGUCUACAUUUAAACUAGGCACUACUCCAGUUGUUAAAAAAUUAUUUGGACCCAAAUUACAAUAUGCGACCUACACACAAAUACAGGAUGUCACACAAAGUCUAACUGAACUUCUUCAAUCUGAAGGCAUUUACCAACACCAACAACAAACGGAAUCACCGAUGCUACCACAGCAACUGUAUCACCAAGGAAACAAGCUCAACGUUUUAUCAGCUUUACAACCGAUUCCAAUUAAACCAGAAGUAUUUAAUCGGUCUUCUGUCAAUACCAAAAAGUGAGUUUUAGACUACACUAUCAGUCCAUCAGUCACUGAAUGUUAUAUGGUGGUAUAACUAUAAUCCCGAAAUUCGAAACUGGCAUUUGUAUGACAACUGCAACCUAUAGAUGGAAAUACGGAGUAUCACUGCCAAAAAUCUAUUUGAUUAUAUUCAUUUCUUGUCUUUUCCUAAAAAUUGAGUUCAGUUUCGUUUUUUCUACUUUGAUUUCUUUAUCAUAUUUGUUCCUUUUGAAUUAUGUUUCUUACGUUUAGACCUCUACUUUAAUCAAUAUCAUUGCGUUCAUGACCUUUUCAUCUGUAUUGUUCAAGUUACUUCUCUUGCUAUGUUGAUGAAAAAUGUGGUUACACUUGUCGAUACACAUCCAUAUCAGGUCACGUAUCGUUUGUGAUGGACCGAAUGGGUCAAUAGAAAAGGAUUUAAUUAACAUUGUUUUCAUCUGUUUCUUUGAUAAAUCAACGUGCAUGAAUAGGAAAGGUUAUUUAUAAUUCUCCUAACAAUUUGUGUCAUUCAUCUAAAACUUAACAUACUUACAGAAAAAAUCAAUUCACACCAAACUUUUGGGUAUACAUCAACGAAACGCCUAAUAGCCCAGAAGUUGUUACUCAAAUUAUGGGACAUUUUUGGAAAAAAUCUAAUCUUAAUAGUGAUAAAAGAACAAUUAAAUGAAUAAUCGUUGUUUGACAUAAUAUAACACAAUCUUAGCACAAGAAUAAUACAGUCGAAAUAAGGGUAUUAGACUACUAUACUAUACCUUUGGUAUCCAUAUACAUAAUUUUCAGUGGACACGACUGAGGAAUAGUUUCAACUAGAUAAUUUAUUGUCAUAAUUCCAAUCAGUUCACACACCGUGUAAUCUAGAACAGAAUUCAUCAAUACAUGGGAGUUCACAAUAUUAAUUGUGUAUUCACAUGUAACAAAGUUGGCUUCGCUCAAUGGCAAUUCACAACCUACUGUCAUGCA